ACGCCUCUAGUUCCUCUACUUCUCUCUAUAAUGGCUGCGGGAUGGAACGAAUAGAAUCGAGGUCUUCGUGUCUCUACUCGCUAUGGGUGUCGCUUUUCUGAGUCCGCUAUGCGCUAUACUACCCUUCAAACAUGGCUGACAUUCGACCGGAUAAAUGUCGCGAAUCGUAGCCUAGGGGAGUUGCAGUAGUCAUUGAUUCUUGCGAAAGCCAGGUGUGCAAUGGCAGUAAAGGAGCGCGUAGAGUCUGUGCUGAAUGUGGGCCUGCGGGUUCCCAGCAUCAUGCUGCUGGAGGUGCUUUAUCGCUGGGAUGUGAGCUCCUUCUUCCAGAAGAUCCAGAGGAGCAGUAUGAGUAACAACCCCCUCUUCCAGUACAAGUACCUAGCCCUCUACCUGCAUUAUGUAGGCUAUAUUCUGAGUUUGGUUCUGCUGACCCUGCCUCGUCAGCGUUUGGUUCAGCUAUACCUGUAUGUUGUCACUGCUCUUCUGCUUUUCGCUGGACACCAGAUUUCAAGGGAUUAUGUACGUGGGGAGCUGGAGUCUGGGUAUGAGGGCCCACUCUACUUAGAGCCUCUGUCUAUGAACCGCUUCACUACGGCUCUGAUCUGCCAACUGGUGGUGUGUACUCUGUGCUCCUGCGUCAUGCAGACCAAACGGAUCUGGCUCUUUUCAGCACACUUACUCCCCCUGGUGGCCAGAUUGUGUCUCGUGCCUUUGGAGACCAUUGUGUUUGUAAAUCGUUUCGCAAUGAUUUUUACCGGACUGGAGGUCAUCUACUUCCUAGCCUCUAACCUGCUAGUGCCGUUCAACCUUGCCAAGACGGCAUACAGGGAGUUGGCACAGGUGGUGGAGGUGUAUGGGCUCCUGGCCCUUGGCAUGUCUUUGUGGAAUCAGCUUGUUCUGCCCGUACUGUUCAUGUGCUUCUGGCUAGUUCUGUUUGCUUUACAAAUGUACACGUAUUUUAGCACCCGAGACCAGCCUACUUCAAGGGAAAGGCUGCUUUUCCUUUUUCUUACCAGUAUUGCAGAAUGCUGUAGUACUCCCUACUCUCUGCUUGGACUGGUGUUCACUGUGUCGUUUGUAGCUCUGGGUGUGCUCACUCUCUGCAAGUUCUACCUGCAGGGCUACAGGGCCUUUAUGAACGAUAACACAAUGCACAGGGGCAUGACUGAGGGAAUCACACUUUUGAUUCUGGCAGUCCAGACAGGUCUAAUUGAGCUCCAGGUUAUCCACAGAGCCUUCCUUCUCAGCAUCAUUCUCUUCAUUGUGGUGGCUUCUAUUUUGCAGUCGAUGCUGGAGAUUGCUGACCCCAUAGUGCUGGCACUGGGGGCAUCUAGAGAUAAGAGCUUGUGGAAGCACUUUCGUGCAGUCAGCCUGUGCCUGUUUCUACUUGUAUUUCCAGCCUACAUGUCCUACAUGAUCUGUCAGUUUUUCCACAUGGAUUUCUGGCUUCUCAUCAUAAUCUCCUCCAGCAUUCUUACAUCUUUGCAGGUGUUGGGCACAUUGCUGAUCUAUGUGCUGUUCAUUAUGGAGGAGUUGCGCAAGAUGCCAAUGGAGAACAUGGACGAUGUAAUAUACUACGUAAACGGCACCUACCGGAUGCUGGAAUUUGUUGUGGCUCUGUGUGUCGUGGCAUACGGUGUUUGUGAGACAGUGUUUGGUGAAUGGACUGUGAUGGGCUCCACCAUUGUACUUGUGCACUCCUACUACAACGUGUGGUUACGGGCACAGCUAGGUUGGCAGAGCUUUUUACUUCGUCGUGAUGCUGUCAACAAGAUCAAGAGCCUACCUACAGCCUCUGAACAGCAGCUGCAGCAACACAAUGACAUCUGCUCCAUCUGCUAUCAGGACAUGACGUCAGCUGUCAUCACACCAUGUAAUCACUUCUUCCAUGCCGGCUGUUUAAAGAAAUGGCUGUAUGUGCAGGAGGCCUGCCCUCUCUGCCAUAGCCAGCUAAAGAGUUCAGCACAGCGGGAGGCAGGUAUGGAGUUACAACCUGAUGCCAUCAUCCAUGAGGGUCCAGCAGAGGCACCCAUGCCUGCCUCAACCUCGGCUGAAGUGAAAAGUGUUGAGCAACAGGAAGUAGAGGCCAACAAUCUGGAUGAGACUGACCAUCCUCUGUCCUCUUCCACAGGCUAAUGGUUUCUCUUGCAAAGCUUUCAGACCAUAAUCGAGCCAAAAUCCUUUGAUGUCAUACUCAGUAAAUGCUGGUGAAAGGAGGAGGAAUAUUUCUAUGGAUUUGGUGGAUUGCAUUGUUUCUCAUGUGGUAGCUGUAGGACCUUUUGUUCCUACAAUCAAAUGCUCCAUAUUACUUUGUACUCCUUUGCAAACCUGUUGCUGCUUUUAUAACUUCCACUUCUGUUCAUUGCAGUGGCAUUUUGCUAAUCGGAAUGCCUGAACACCCAAAUUGCUUGCAAACCUGCACCACUUCCAUUUCAGUCCAAGGCCUAGAGGACUUCAAAUAGGUUCUAGACCUUUCCAACCUGAAUGUGACCAUUCCUGUGUCCCUUAAACAGUGCAUUGGUGCACUAUAUGCACCCAGUACAUAUUCACUAGCACGCCUUUAGUACCCUCAAAGAGCAGUAUCUGUUUAUAUAUAUAUAUAUAUAUAUAUAUAUAUAUAUAUAUAUAUAUAUAUAUAUAUAUAUAUAUAUAUAUAUAUAUAAUUUUUUUUUUUGUUUGUCUUUGUUUUUUUUGUAUAUCUGUGUAUGUAUAUGCCACUGCGUUUGCACUAAUGUAACACAAAAGCAAUGCUCCAAAGUUGUCUUGUCAGGUACCAAAUAUUUUGGUGUAUAUGCGCAUUGGAACGUUAUAGAUAUAAUACAUAGUUAGUACAUAGUGUAAAUGUCUUUGUAAAACUGUUUUGAUAUACAGAAGUACAGUGUUGCGCAGCACCAGGGUGUAUGAAGUGGCUAAUGCUUGCAUGAACACUUUAAUGACCUUGUGCGGUCAAAGUGGGAAAAGCUAAAGGCCAUGGAUGUGAACUGGUGACAGUGGAAGACCAAACUCCCUUUCAUCAGUAUUAUUUGGCAUUAAUUGCAUUUGUGAGCAUGAAUACAUUUAACGAUGUAUGAGCAAACUAAGCAAUGCCAUGUUUAUUUAUUAGUCUGCAACUUAAGUAAUUUUUUACAAAAGGACACUUGACAAGGAGGCAGAGAAAUUUUUACAUUUAUUAAAGGGGGGGGAAUUUUUUAAAGAAUGUUUCAGACAUAUUUUGCCACUAUAACUGAGAAUGAAGAGCCUGAUCCUUGCAUUAUUCAGAUUUUGUUCUCUAUGUUGCUAUUUUACUACAUGAAUAUGUGAACUGAUGUCAUGAGCGAGCUGACUACUGUUUGGAUUGCAACUGAGCUCAGUAAAAUAUGCCUGAGAUUUGACAAUGAAUGUGACAAUAAAUCAAAACCUACCACAUGGAA